GAGAGAGAGAGAGAGAGAGACCAGAAUCUUAUAAACGUUAGAAACGAAUACUUUCUUUUUCGGUAAUGGCGUCCUUCUAUCUAGCCCUGGCCACUCUCUUUCUCGCAACACUUAUGGUACUUCCGCUGUCGCUGGCGGCGGCGGCCACCUGUACAUCACAGACCUUUACAAACAACAAACUCUACUCCUUCUGCAACGACCUCCCUGCACUUAACUCCUACCUUCACUGGACCUACGAUCCGGCCCAGUCCACGCUAUCCAUCGCCUUCAUAGCCCCACCUGCCAAGCCCAACGGCUGGAUUUCGUGGGCCAUCAACCCAACCGCUACCGGCAUGGUCGGGUCUCAAGCUCUCAUCGCAUUCAAAGACUCCAAGGGUUCAAUGACCGUUAAGACAUACAACGUUAGUUCCUACGGUCCUGUGACUGACUCCAAGGUCUGGUACGAGGUUAAGGAAUCUUCUGCGGAGUUCUCGGGCGGGGUUAUGAGGCUUUUUGCCAAUAUUGUUCUGCCGGAGAAGUUGAAGAGUACAGUGAACCAUGUCUGGCAGGUGGGCCCUUCGGUGACUGGUGGGGUCCCGGAUAAGCAUGAAUUCCAGCCCGGUAAUUUGAAUUCUAAAGGUAGUCUUGAUUUGUUGAGAGGACAGAGCACUGGUGGCUCCGGCGGUGACUCUAGAACCAAGAAAAGGAAUAUCCAUGGGAUUCUGAAUGUUGUGAGCUGGGGUCUUUUGUUUCCAAUCGGGAUCAUUAUCGCAAGGUACUUAAGAGUGUUUCCAUCGGCCGAUCCAUUAUGGUUUUAUCUCCAUGUUUCUUGCCAAAUCUCAGCCUAUGCCAUCGGGGUUGCAGGCUGGGGAACCGGUCUUAAACUCGGAAGUCAGUCGAAGGGUGUUCAGUAUUCUCUUCAUCGCAAUAUUGGGAUUGCACUCUUCUCUCUUGCAACCGCGCAGAUAUUUGCAUUAUUCUUGAGACCGAAAAAGGAACACAAGUAUCGGUUUUACUGGAACAUCUACCAUCAUGGAAUCGGGUAUGCAAUUCUCGUACUUGGCAUCAUCAAUGUUUUUAAAGGUCUAGAUAUCUUAAACCCCGAGUCAAAAUGGAGGCAUGCGUAUAUUAUAGUGAUUGCGGUGUUGGGAGGUGUUGCCCUAUUGUUGGAAGCACUUACUUGGAUGGUUGUUUUAAGGCGGAAGAAGUCUAGUACGUCGACGAAACCAUACUGUGGUUUCAAUAAUGGAAUUUGAAGACGUCACACUCCGCCUCACGAUCAAUAGCUUCUUGGCAUGUUUGUUACGAAGAAGAAAAACAAGUUAAAAUAUUGUUCUAUCUUGUAACUAUGUUGUUCAUUGUCGUGUACCAAACAUGUCAUUCUUGCAUCUACAAGCAUGCAAUUUUCAUAUGAUCACUUCUAUUCGCAUAUUUCUCAUAUGACACAGCAUUAGACCAUUAGUCAUUCGAGAGAUGCACAUGACCAGUCAAGCAUACUCGUACAAAGCUUUGUAUUAUUACAAGUUCUUAGUAUUAUUACAUUUUUUAUGUUUAUUA